UCAUCUUUGUUCAUCAAUGAAAAGUCCAAAUAUGGCUUUUUUCAAGCAACAGAAGGUGGAGGACGUUUAUGAAAUUGGGGAAGAGCUAGGAAGUGGCCAGUUUGCUAUCGUGAAAAAAUGUCGAGAAAAAAGCACCGGUAUGGAGUAUGCUGCUAAGUUUAUUAAAAAACGUCAGAGUCGGGCCAGCCGCCGCGGAGUGAGACGUGAGGAAAUUGAACGGGAGGUUACUAUUCUGCAGCAGAUUCUGCAUGCCAACAUCAUCAAGUUGCAUGACAUCUAUGAGAACAAGACAGAUGUAGUCCUCAUCCUUGAGCUGGUUUCUGGAGGAGAACUUUUUGACUUUCUGGCACAAAAGGAGUCUUUGAGUGAGGAGGAAGCAACAAGAUUCAUCAAGCAGAUUUUGGAUGGUGUGAAUUACCUUCACUCUAAGAAAAUUGCUCACUUUGAUUUAAAGCCUGAAAACAUUAUGCUUCUAGACAAGAACAUCCCUAUUCCACAUAUCAAACUCAUUGACUUUGGCUUGGCUCACAAAAUAGAAGAUGGAGUUGAAUUUAAAAACAUUUUUGGAACUCCAGAAUUUGUAGCUCCAGAAAUAGUAAACUAUGAACCACUUGGACUACCUGCUGAUAUGUGGAGCAUAGGAGUCAUCACCUACAUACUGCUUAGUGGUGCUUCACCUUUCCUUGGAGAAACUAAACAAGAAACACUUGCCAACAUCACAGCUGUGAGUUAUGAAUUUGAUGAAGAAUUUUUCAGCAAUACCAGUGACCUGGCAAAAGACUUUAUUCAGAAACUCUUGGUGAAAGAUACACGAAAACGGCUUACAAUUCAGGAAGCUCUGUCUCAUCCAUGGAUAACGCUGAAAGACGAAACAAAAGUCCAAGGAAACAAGAAGGUUGAGAACACACAGCUGAAGACAAAACGCCUGAGAGAGUACACCAUAAAGUGCCAUUCGAGCAUGCCUCCCAAUAAUACCUACAUCAACUUUGAGCGCUUUGCCCGGGUAGUAGAAGACAUUUCACUUACAGAACGGGGUUUCAGCACUCUGGCUGCAUCCCAUGAUUCCUUGCAGGAGGACAUUGAUGCUCUGGUUUCCAUUUAUAAUGAAAAAGAAGCUUGGUAUAAAGAAGAGAAUGAAAGUGUGAGGCACCAACUAUCUCAGCUGAAGUAUGAAUACCGUAAAAUUGAAUCCUUGAAAAGACAUCUACAAGAUGAUAUCAAGACUGUAGGCACUAGUCUUACAGGCAUAACCGGGAGAUAUGCUGAUCUGCAGCGUCAGUAUGAAUCUUUCAGUCAAGAACUUUCUGAGGAGCUCAAGUGGAUACAGGAUUUAAUGAAUAGUAUUCAGCUGGAAAAUGAAGCCUGUGUGAAUGGAAACUUUGACUCUGUUUUCAACAAAGAUAUUAAUGAAUCACUAACAGACCUCUUAAAUAGAUCUCACUGUGAAGAAUUCCUUGCAGAGCUGAAUCUUGAUGUAGCAGAAUCAAAUCAAUAA